AUGAGUGGAGCUUCUCCAUCUUUCUAUGGUUUCUUCUAUCUUCUGCUAUCUCCGCUGCUUGCCAAGCAGACUGGUUCCAAUCAAUCAGGGAAACAUUUACAAGCUUACAAGCUGAGGAAAAAAAUUGACAACAGAGAAGGAUCCUGCGGGGUUUGGCAUGCACGGCUCAGGUUCAACAAAUCACGAACCAUAAAAGAGGAGGCAAGGGGCAUCAAACCGGGAAUGGAGUGCACGUGA